GGCACCCUACAGGAUAUCUAAGACUGGGUCCUACCUGAUACUCACAUUGGAAAGAUGGCGGCCUCCGUGUCAGGACUGUUGAAACCCUGGUUACCAAGAGUGUUCCUGGUGAGAUGGAGCAGGUACAACCCUUACUACCUGGAGCCAGAGGUCAGGAAGGAGGCGUACAGCAUACCAGAGGUAGAGCUGACCGCCGAGGAGAACGAGCAGCGGCAGCUCAAAGCCAUCAGACCCAUCAAGGCAGCAACCAACAGCAUCACCAGCUCGGUGUUCAACGACCCGGUCCUCAGUAAAUUCAUCAACAUGAUGAUGAAACAUGGAGACAAGAUUCUGGCCAGAGAUAUUAUGUCACAGACUCUAGAGAGCAUCAAGAGGAAACAGGUGGAGAAAUACCACAAAACUCCACAGGGGAAGAAGGAGGAGAUUGAGUGUAACCCCUACACCAUCUUCCACAAGGCUCUGGAUAAUUGUAAGCCUGUGGUUGGGCUGGCCAGUGUACAGAAAGGUGGAAAGUACUAUCAGGUGCCCGUCCCUCUCAGUGACAACCGACAACGCUUCCUUGCUAUGAAAUGGAUGAUCACAGAGUGUCGGGACAACAAACACCGACGCACGCACAUGUAUGAAAAACUUUCCCAGGAACUGAUGGCAGCGUACAUCAAGGAGGGCAACGUCAUCAAGAAGAAGCAUGAGAUGCACAAAAUGGCCGAAGCCAACAGAGCAUACGCCCACUACCGCUGGUGGUAGAAAGAGAUUCCUUUGGACUGAGGAAUGGGACCGAGCAGACGUUGUGCUGAUCACGGAAUAUUCUGUGACACAUUGUGUCACGCAAAGCGCCACUGUAAAUAGUAACCACCACGAUAGUCCUUCGCUGGAAGGAGCACUCUGUACAAAGUGAUGUUAAAGAAGUGAAAUAUAAAAAAAAUGACUGAAAGCCUUGUCUGAUUUUGCAUUGAGGAAUUGUAUCAGGUUAAUGAAUAGUUGUACUCAGUUGCAAUAUAAAUUGAAACACAGUAAAAAAAGAAACAUGGAACUGAUAUGAGGAACAACUUCCAGGGAUUUAUUAGAACAAAUAAAUUUGCAUUCAAUGUACAACUCAACCAUAAAGUGAAGUAAAAAUGCUGCAACGCUGUAAUAAAAUAUAGAAACGUA